UUCCCUUUCUCUAAUAAUAGGCUUUGGUUGAAGAUCUGAUACCAUUCAGUAUCCAAAAUAUGCAAAAAUCACAAAAGGGCAAAUACUGUUUCAUGGCACUGGCUUAUGUUUUGUGUGCAAAUAAGAUCUAAUUAGAAAUACUUACCUCUUAUAACAGGUGUGUGAUUGACAUUUUCAUCUCUAUUUCAGGGGGAAUAUAUCAUUUAAACGUUUAAUGUCAGUGUAGUGCUAAAAUUCUUAGUCCAUUACAAACUUAACUUAAGCUGCAUAAUUGUGCAAUAUAAUUUAAAUGCAAAUCAUGAUGCAUCCAAUUCUCAUGGGCCUACGAUAUGAUUAGGCCUAUUCAAUAAAAGUUUAUCAUGACAUAAGGAUUGUGGCCCAAUGGUAGGCAAACCUCUAAGGGAUUUGCAAAGCUGAACAGAUGAGCUAUCAUGCAUAAUGCAUACGAUUAUAAAAGUUGAUAGUUACAUACCUCAAAUUGCGUUACAAAAAUGUUUUUCAUUCUGUUUUCCUCUUGCAGUUUAACAGGAGGGUCGUCUUUAUUUAUAAAAGGAAGAGUCCGUAUCUGUCGGUGUUGCAACUGAACUCCAAUAAGUUUAUAAAACUUAGCACUUGCACUUGUUGUGUUCCUGAAAUAAUGGUUCCAUGCACACGAACAAGAGAGCGACAAAGGUCUUUCCGGAUUUGGGUGUACAACUGAACUUGUGUUACAUGUUGCCCGGGAACCAGAGGGGAGGCAAGAGGGAAUGCGAGCGGAGCGUUCUCCGUUGUCAUAGCACCUGCGGGGAGGCGUUCAAUUUCACAGAUGGAAAGCAAGUGAAAGGUCCCUGUGUUGCAACUCCAGGACCAACAGGCUCAUCACUGGGCUACGAGGACAACAGGGAAGUGUUGCAUAACCUAGUUGUUGAGUGCAACAUGGUGACCACCAAUGGGACCAUCCCAGCCAGCCUGUCCAGAACACUAUGCCAAAGACAGAAUAUCGAUAGCACGGAUACCUCUAACUCUCGGACUCACCCCACUGCAAUCCACUCAUCCUUCAACUCUUUGAGGGAUGUAGAGCCAAUAGUGUUUGCCAUCCAGAGAGGAGAUGUUCAAGCUGUGAAUGAGCUGUCAGUGGCUGCACCACUCAGCCUGAUGAAAGAGAACAAAGACGGAUGGAUACCUUUGCAUGAGGCUGCAUAUUAUGGCCAAGCUGAAUGCAUUAAGGCACUGAUGAAAGCCCAACCAGGGUCAGUUGACAAGCGCACCCUCCAGGAACAGACUGCUCUGCUCCUGUCAGUUUCCGGUCAGCACUUGUCCUGUGUGCAGUGCCUUCUACAGGCAGGGGCAGACCCCGACAUCAGCAGCAAGAACAAAGAGACCCCCCUAUACAAAGCAUGUGAGCGGGAGAACGUGGAAAUAGUGAGCCUCAUCCUGUCAUUUGGGGCCACAGUGAACCAGAGGUGUAACCGGGGCUGGACAGCACUCCAUGAGGCAGUGUGCAGGGACAACAUGGAGAUCUGUGAGAUGCUGGUUAGGGCAGGAGCCACCAUUAACCCUCCUAAUACCUACAGCAUCACACCACUAAUAGUAGCAGUCCAGCAAGGACGUGUAGAGGCCCUACAGUACCUCAUUAGGAAAGGUGCUGACGUUAACAUGCAGACGUGUGAUGGUGCUACAGCCCUGUAUGAGGCCAGUAAAGAUGGCCACAGGGAGAUAGUGGAGCUGCUACUAUCUCACAACACAGACGCCAACAAACCCACCAAGACAGGACUCCUACCUCUACACAUUGCUGCUCAGUAUGGACACCAUGAGAUUGUGUCCCUGCUUGUCCCGGUCACCAGUCGGGCCAGAGUUCGCCACAGUGGGAUCAGCCCCCUCCACCUGGCUGCAGAGCACAACAGGGACAUGGUCACAGCCAUACUGCUCAAGAUAGGAGCCGACGUCAAUGCCACACUAUCCCACAAUCGCUCCAUGCGGUAUUCGGAUCACCGCACCACACCACUUUACUUUGCCAUUGCCAAUGGGAGCAGUAAGACAAUAGAAAUGUUACUGAAAGCUGGUGCUAAUCUGAGCCUGGACCCAGUCAACCCUCUGCUAGCAGCUGUAAGACACGGUUGUGCCAGGACUGUCUCUCUACUGCUGGAGCAUGGGGCCGAUAUUAACACAAGCAUCCCAGCCUGUCCUACCACCUUCCCUGGUGCAAUUGUACUCUGCAUGAAUAACCUACCUCUUCUCAAGUGCCUUUUGGAUAAGGGCUGUGAUGCCCAGGCCUGCUUCAGAUGUGCUUAUGGUUGCGGCCCACACCCAGCACAGGACAGCAUGGGCAGCAUAGGCGUUGACAUCAGCAAUUGCACCAAUGACAUGUCUCUUCUAACCUGCACAGAACCUGCUGUCAGCAAAGUACAGUUUUGUGAGUUGAUCUCAUCACCAUCCAUGUCUAACUGGGAAGGGCCCGUCGUAGACUUGCUGCUGGACUAUGUUGGUAAUGUUCAACUGUGUGCCAGACUCACCGAGGUCCUGGGCGGCCGGCGGGAAUGGCCCAGCAUCAAGGCCAAGUCAUUGUCAUCCCGUCCACUGAUGCACCUAUGUAGGUUAAGGAUCCGUGAGCAGGUGGGUGUGUCCAGACUCAGGUCUUUGGACAGACUACCCCUCCCAGACAGACUGCUGCAGUACCUCAGCUUGCCCAGACACAGCUUUGAUGACUUCUGCCCUGAUGGCAAAUAAGGCUUAUCAGUGUCCUGUGUUGUGCCUUAUAGUACAUUACCUGUUUACAGGAGUUUGGGCUGUAUGGGUUAGUAAUUAUUACUUGAUAGUGUAAAAUGUGUGUAAUGGCAAAAUAUGUGUGUGUGUUGUUUGCACAUUGCAUGUGUGUAUGGAAGUGAGCUGCAGAUCUGAGUGGACGGGUUGACAAAUGACAACAGAUAGCCUAAAGACACAGCAGUUGAUAAUCUCUGAAGAAGUGCAACGAAACUGAGCUUAAGUGAAACUCAAGGUAAUCUUUUAAAAUACCUGUGUCAUUUAGAUGUUUAGGCCCAGGCAAACAAAUGCAGACAAUCAGUUUGAUGGUUUAUGGAAUGUACUUGUAUAUUCAGCUCUAAUUUUGUAAUAUGCUUUUAAGUUGUGUUUUCAACAGACCUUGUGCAAUGAGUGUAGGCCUAUAUAAUAGUCCGGUUGUUGUAAUGUACUGUAAAUGUCAGUGCCAACAUGAAUGAUCCUGUAUUGGAAAAGGUGCUGGAACCAAAGAAAAAAAUCGAAACAUCUGCAUUUUAUUUAAAAAAAUACAUGUCAUUUCUCCA